AACGUCAAAACCGGUACCGAUAAGGAGUUGCCGUAUUGUUCUGAAGUCAGGGCAGCAAAGCAGAAAUUUAGUCCUUGCGGCUUUGUUCAAAAUGCCGCAUAAACGUAAAUCUAAGCUAAAUUGGAACCAAAAGCAUACCGCAACACGUCGUUCUCAGGUGGCCAACCACCCAGCGCCAAAGGUUAGCGUCACCCCGGACAAUGAGCAAACGGUAGAAGUGGAUAAUGAGCCGCAGAUGCCUGCUCCAGAAUUUAUUAGCUUCAGGGCACCUGUGUGCGCCAGGAAGUUUGCGGUCCCGCAUUAUAACUCAACGGUUCGCAAGAAGGAAGAGAUAGAUGUCUUAAAUAAGAUGAGGGCAGUAAUAAAGGACACUACAAAACUUACGCCGGGAGUCAUAACAGCUAUAGCUCCUCGGGUCACCCAUAAGAUGAACUUUCCUCCGGAUCAACCAGUUUUCAAAGAUCUGGUGCCACUGAACGUCAACGACUCUGUGCUGGUGCCACACAAGCAAGGGGAAUCUUCAAAGAACCGAAUUUCCAAGGAAGCCGUAUCCAAAAGCCAACCUGAGCCCCAACUUGCCGACUAUGUAGAGAAGAUAGAAUCCAUAAUCUUGGCCGUUCCUGAGCCAGGAAUUCACUUGGACUUUCCACGCGAAAAAUUUGACUUUCUUGGCGCAUACAAAAAGUUAUUUCCUUAGUUACAUUUUAUUCUAAAUAUAUGUGAAUGGUUGUAGUA